GUAAGAUACAAUAUAUAAUGCAAUAUCGCGAGCUAACACCAAUUCAAGAGUCCCUGCACGUCACCUUUUCCCACGUCCGAGGAUCAAUGCAGAACAGUAGCGGAAACAUCACCUUUGCUGAACCUGGUAUCAAUGUUGCUUCUAAUUUCUCACUUCCCCCGGACAUGGAAAUUUUCUCGGAGGCACCAUCCUUUACUGCUACAGCCCAAGAUGGAUACCUGAGCGAUGCUGCUAUAAUCCGCGGCUUCUUUAGCUACGAUGUUCCGAGCGCACACCUUGAAAGUCUCUGGUUCGACAUAGACGCGGCCUUCAUUGGUGAUUUAUCGAUCAUUUUCAACCUCACCGCACCUCUUAAUAACAACAACUAUCUGUUCUCCCCUGGCGAGUUUUUCCCUAGUACUAUCAAUGUGCCUGAGGUCUUUAAUCUUAAGCCAAGACUCCACUGGGCCGUAGGCGCUGAUGUUGGGGCUGCAGGAGCCAUAUACCACAAUAGCAACAUCACGACGGAAAUCAACGAUGGCCAUGCACAUAUUGACUUUGUGAACACUGAUAACUCGUACGCUAUCGGAUGGUCACCGCGCCUCGCUUCUGCCGUCGAGACUGCGGAAGCAGCUACAGGACACGCAUCACCUUUUAUCGAUUUCACGAUUGAGUUAGCUCUUGAUGUCAUGAACGGCCUGUACAAUACCACAGGUGGUAUCACUGCGCGGCCUCAGUUCGUGAACGAAUUGAACGUGGCACAGAGCCAGACGCGUGUCAGAAAGGCCAACCGCAUGAUUUGGCCACGAAACGUUACUUGCACCAACGGCUUCGAACUACGCUCAGCUCUCAAUUUCUCUGUUAAUGCAUACGUUGUGGGUUCAUGGGAGAGGACGCUUUACAACACCACAGUUCCCAUUGCCGACGAAUGCUAUCGCUUCUAACGCUUCACUUGGUCCUUCAAUCAAGAGCGCGGUAAUCAAUAGUAAAUCUCUGCAACGUAUGGUCCCCGGGGCUUCAUUGCGAAUAUUCGUUUGAUUCGAUAUGGAGGAUAGCACAGCAGUUAGGAAGAUGAAGAUUUGAGUUAUGGUCGGAAAGAAAAAAGGAGUGAAAAUUGGAAUUUUAUUCAGUUAUGGUACGAAGAAUGUGGUCAUGUAAUUAUCAGGGGACCUGUGAUAAGGUGGCAACGGGGCUAUGCAAUUAUGGAAUGUCUUCUGUUUGAAGGCCACUCAAACUCUGAC